AUGCAACAGGAGCUGGGCCGCAAAGCUGUUUGCGCUUCCGUUCGGAAGACCUACAGCUCCCUGGGGAGUCCUGGGAACAACUCUGUGAUCAGCUCCCCGGGGAAGCUGAGCCUCCACACCUCCGUCACCUGGGGAGGUGUGGAUUCCGAGGGAGACCUCUUUAAGCAACAGGUGCUGGCUCCACUCUCCGCAAUGAGGCUUCCAGGGAUCCUGAGCAAGGCUGGUCGGCUGUGCUCAUCGCACAAGUACCUGAUGAAGUUUGCAGAUGUUUGCGACGAAGCCCGCUGCAAACAGCUGGAGGACCAGGUCAACCAGGACCACCUGCAGAAACUAGAGCGCAUGUUCCGGGAAGCGGAUGUUGAGGGAGUCGGAGGACUGGAUAUGGAUGACUUCCGAAAAGCUAUGAAAAAGAUCAUGGGGGACAUUUCUGACGAAGACAUCGAUGUCAUUUUCAUGAAAGUGGAUGCUAACUGUGAUGGCUCGGUGGACUGGGAGGAGUAUCUGAAUUACAUGCUUCGGGAAUACCGUGGGAAGGAUGACAUGCUGAAAAGCAAGAUGAUUCCAGAGUUCCAGACGACCAUGAAAGCCGUCCCAGUGUCCCACUCGGAGGAUAUUGUUCGGAUCCAGUUUUUUCCUAGCCAAAGUCGUGGAAUAAUGGACCACAGGGAGAAAUCUUGGAAAGUUGGCAGUAGGUCUCCCUCGGGACGAUUUCUGACUGUGAGCAGAGAUGGCAUCCUGCACUACUGGAGCGACGCCUUCAAGAUGCUUCGGACUGUACAUCUGGACCAGACUAAGCGACGACACAGUUUGAAACUCUGGGUGAUUGACAUGUUAUGCCUGCCCAACAUCAAUCUUUUGGCUGUUUCGACCACUGACCAGGAUAUUGAGUUCUUCGACAUUGGAGGCAACAAAUGCGAUCGCCUAUUUUCCUUGGUUGAUCUGGAUGGAUGCGCCACAGCCAUGGACUACUGGACAGAUGGAUGCAGAGGAGUGUUCUGCGUCGGAGACCUGAAGGGGAAUGUCCUGAUCUUCACCUCCACGGAUGUCAUCACGAACGGUCUUUUCAACGUCCGCAGCUACAUAGGGGGCUUGGGAAGAGUGCCCGUGCGGCUCCUGAUGAAGGGAAAGACGACGCUGUACAGGAACUUCACCGUGUCGGCUGUGCAUGGAGACUGGUGCCAACAGGUCAUGUACAUUCCCCAGCUCAAUUUGGUCGCUUCCUGCACGCCGGCUGAGAAGUCUGCCAUGGCGCUGACAUCGCUGCCCCUGCACAACGUCGGAAAAAUCCAGUCAUCUUUGAUUGUCCUGAGGAAAGGGAUCCUGUGCUUUGACUACUCCCCAGAAAUGAAUAUCCUUGUGACAGGGGGGUAUGAGCCACUGAUCCGGAUUUGGAAUCCGUACGUCACCAACAGUCCCAUCACUCAGUUGAAGGGCCAUUCCACUGCUGUCACUCACCUCAUGAUCAAUGGGCAGAGGAACACCAUUGUCAGCAUCUCCAAAGACAAGAAUAUCCGCGUCUGGGACCUAUUGGAUCAUUUCUGUUUACAGUCAAUCCAUGGCAGGAAUGUUCCGCUGGGCAACUGUCCCAUCUCGUCUGUUUACUACCACCGGCCUCACAAUAUCUUGAUCUGCGCCACUUACACGCUUGGUUUAUUCUUUGGCACUGCUGAAUUCACCGAGGUGGAAUUCAAGACGCAGGAGCAGCCGCUGUGUUGUGCCCUCUACAACAAGAUCUUUAAACAGGCAGUGAGUGGCUAUUACAGUGGGAUGAUCACUGUUUGGGAUAUCAUGACAGGACAGAAGAUUAUGGAGUUCUCCGCCUCCUCCCCAGAGCAGGCCGUGGAAAUCACAGCCAUGAUCUUUGACCCACCGGAAAGGCGCCUCAUCACCGCCCUGAAAAACGGGACGAUCAAACUGUGGAACUUCAACAAUGGGGCUUGCCUGAUGGAGAUCUUCCCUGAGGAGAGGACGGAGAUCAACUGCAUCUUUUACAUGAGCCACAAGAUUUAUGUAACUGAUUGGAGCCGGAGAGUGACGUGGUACCGAGACUCCAGAGACGAGAACAAAGUGAUUGAAUGCAAGCACUGGAAGUCAUAUCACUCGGAGGACAUCCUCUGUGUGGAUGGUCACGGCAACAAGCUUUUGGCGACAGCAUCAAGUAAUGGAGACAUUGUGCUCUGGAGCAUCAAUUCUGGGCAAGCCUUCUGCCGGUUCAAUGCCUCUGAGAGUCCUCUGGCGCUUGUUCCCAAACGGAUGGAACAGUACUUUGAGUACAUGACUAACAUCUGUAGACACAUGGGCCGGGCUAUUCAAGAGUUCUUCGUGAAGGCAGAGUCUCCUAUCCAGAGCGGUGAUGCCAGCCAGGCGGGGGGCGCCCAGGGUGAGAGUGAGAAGAAGUACUGGGCCUACCCAAGGACAGAACUUCUCUCAAAAUCCACCAUCCCUUUGCGGCCCAGCAGCGCAAAGCAUAUUCUCGUAUCUCCAAGUCCCAGCAAGCGUCCAUCUUCAGCUGUAUCCGGAAGCCUGAACACAAAGCCCCAGGCGGCUUGGAGCUCCACAGCAAGCAAGGGGAGUAGCAACCUACUCGGCCCUUCCGUCACUAAGGAGAGCGUCAUGCUGAGAAAGCAGAACCUGUCCUGGCAAGAAGAGGUCAAAGCUUCCCAGCGAGCUGUGCAGAAGGGCUUUGAGGGUGACAACCAUCAUCUUGAACUGUACCUGGAAGCCGGUGCAGCUCUCAGAGCUGUAGUGUUGCACGGGUAUUCUGUGGUGCGCCCAGAACUGCACAUGCCACCACAUUUGGGACAGCUGAAGCUUCUGUAUGCUUUUCAAGGGAAGCCCCAUGUCGGUGAGGGGCAAGGCAAUUUCAGCGAACCCUUGGAUGAACUGGCAGCAAUAGUUGCUGAACCCCAGAAAACUCUGCAGUUGCUGUCGGGGCGCAGUUCAGGGCAGGUGGUUGGUGUUUCCCGCUGGUUCUUUUGCAGCAUCCUCGACCUCUGCGAAGAGAUAUAUGUCUUCUUCAACGUCGGCAGCCCCCUUGGCCGCAGUCAUUCGGUGCAAUGCCGGGGGCGACUUGGCCGGGACUUUCAUUGCUCGAUCUCUGGUCUUGAGUUUCGGGCAAUCUGUGGCUCGAUGGCCUCCUUUUCCACAUCGGAGACACUGUCCUCGCACAUAGCGGCGAUCCUUCUCCUUGUCUCCUGCUCGAUCCUCUUUCUGAAGACUCGUGAACGAAAGCCCAAUGUAGCCAUUUUGCUCACCAGCUGCAUGGAUGGGUUCCUCUAUGCCUGGUCAGUGGGAAACAAAGGAGGUAUGAUGGGCAAAUUCCGAGCCACCCACGACACUGCCCAGGACACAGUUGUCAGCACCAUGUCCACAGAUGACAAGGACUUGAUCCUCUUAACUGGAGAUUCCUUGGGUUACAUCAAGAUCUGGGACAUCAUGAAUUACUGCACAGGAUCAGAUGAACAAGGCUCCAAAUUAGAUCUGACUGAGGAAUCUCCUGAGAAGAACGCCUUUCAUGACCUAAUCCCUGAUUACUGCAGAAUUGCUUCAACUUUCUCAGAGAAUAGAAAAAUCCAGCAGGAACAUGAUGGUUGGGUGACCUCCCUGAUUCCCCCCGUCUGCCUGAGCUCUUGGAAGGGGCAUCUGAAAAACGUGGUCAGCCUCAAAUAUGUGGAAAAAUUCCAAGCCAUUCUCACAGCCAGCCACGACCGCACCAUUAAGCUCUGGCUGUUGACAGGCAGACACAUUGGGACCUUUGGGCAGUCAUUGUGGAGGCUGGGGGUAGCCCAGUUAAUGCCGGCAGAAGUGCCCGAGGAAAUCCGUCGCGUGGCAUCCCUACACACCCUGAAAGUCCUCAAUGAAGGCCGACAGCCCCACUGGGAGAGCACCCGCAAGAUUGUCCAGACCCUGAGCCAGCAGAGGAGGGAGCACUCCUUGAUGAUGGAAUUGCUGAAAGAGAAGUCAUCCCUCAGCUUUGAUGCUGUGGGGAGGAUGCAGGACCUGAUCAGUAAAGACACACGGAUGACCCAGUACAGCGAGGAGCAAAUUGAGGCUUCCUUUCAGAAGUGGGAGGAAUCUGGGAAGAAGAAAAGUGACAUUCUGGGCCAUGCCUACAAGCCGAAAGGGCGACGUCCUUUGCUGAAGCAACUUCCAGAGGUGAAGGCCUCUGUGGCCAACAAGGAUCAGCCUCGAAUCUAUCACUGUAUCCAGUACACGGACCUACACCCGGUAGUUAAUCCUCAGAUCCCUGAGGUUCUGGCAGAAGCCCAGCAGAUGCAGGCUUUAGCUGACAUACGGGGCCUCCGAAAGGGCAAAAGAUGGAUGGCGGUGUCUGGUGUCCUAAAGCCCACCCUGAAGAACUUGCUGGUACGCAGGAAUGCACUGCUCACCAAGGAAUGA